AAUUAUCUUUGACUUGACAAUAAAAAUGUAAAAAAAAUCUUGUUGUGUUUGUGUAUUUGUGUUUUUGGUACAUAGAUUUUGAGAAUCCUAUAAUUAUAUGUGAUAUUUGUAAAGUUGAGUGUUAUAAGUAAAACUAGAGAGAAUUUAUGUCCCAAUAACAAAAGAGUUUAAUAGAAUUGCAAAGUCAAUAAAAACUAAAUUUUUUGAAUAACAUAGGAUUUCCAUAGAAUUUAAAAGUUCACAAACCAAUAACAAAGGAUUCUAAUAAGAUUUUAAGAAUUCAUUAAUCAAUAACAAUGAAAUCUCUAAAUUUUAAAAUUUCUUCGAAAUUUAACUCCCAAUAACCCCCUAAGUAUCUUAAAACAGAGCAAGUAUAAUAUUCCACUAGGGUUUUAUAGUUUUGAAGUGACUAAUUAUAGUGGCAUGCAUGUCAACCAUCAAACAAGCAUAUAAAUAAGAAGAGCGAGAAACAAACAUAGACAUUUUAAUGAUUGUUAAGGUUGUAACGUCGGUCUUGUUAUUGAUUCAUGUAUUCUUUUGAUACUAGAAUUGAUUCAUUUAUAUUGAUUUGAAGUAAAUAAACUUUCGAGGUUCAAGAGAUUUGAGCUUUACAGAAACCAUACGAUCCGUGCAUGCAGAAGUACAUAUGAUUCAGUGCACUGCCUCCACGCAAAACCGGGCCUGAAAAUUUUUGGCCCACAAGCAAAAAAUAUUUUUGACCUUUUAUAUUUAAAAAUCGGAAAAAGUGUUUACAGUUACAAAUUGAAGCAUCGAACUCAGCAACUAAUCUAGGUAUCACGAAGCCCUUACCAGUAAAACCAUGUAAAGUUUUUGUUUAAUUUGACCCCCUAAAUAUAUAAAUCUUGUUUGUCCCAAAAACACAUGUUUUAUCUGCCUCUAUUCUUGCAUGGCUCUGCCUCCAUGGAAAGUUUCGAUAUCGGGGAUGAUUGGUAAGUGAUGUACCUUUAUAUUUUUUGCUGUAUAAUUUAAUCUGUAGAUUUAUUUGCUGUAUUUUUCUUUGCUGUAGAUUUAUAAAGCACUAAUUUUUUUGCUCUGGAAAUAAAGCUCUCUACAGCAAUAUUUUGAUUUUGCAGAGAAUUUUUUGCUGUGAGUUUUUUAAAGAAAACAAAGCUCGAUUGGUUGACAUAUAUAGCUAUAGACUAAAUUUUGGCUGUCCAGAGCAUCUACAAUCCCAACCAAUCAUCUCCAUUGCUUCUUUAAUUUUGUACUUUUGUCUUUUGAUAAAUUAAAAUAGAAAAUAUCUUUUUUCUAACACAAAAUAGAUUGUAAAAUAGAAAAUUUCCAAAACUAAAGAAUAUCAUUUAGAUGGUAAAAUAAAUUGUUGUGAGAUCGGUGUAUUCUAUUAAACUGGGUUGACGCAUAAAUAAUAACCAAAAUAUUUUAAUGAAAUUUGUAGGUUUAGUUUUUAUUUUAGUGGUAUAUUGCGUGUCAUUUUUAUAUAUAUUUAUACUUUCAUAAACUAGUUUCACUUCAUUUUUUUGGAAUUAAUUAACAAUGACUUACUUUAUUUGAUAUACUUCUUGUUCACACAAUGCAUGUAUGAUACAAUAAAAGCACGAUAAAUUAACAUUAGCAAUGUAGGUCUCAGUAAAAUAUCCGUAAAUUUUGAUUUGAUUUGUUAUUUGUCUCGAUUUGAACCAAAAAAUCUGGAUAUGCGUAGUUCUACGGAGCAAAGUAAUACUAAUAUGCAAUAUUCUUAAAAACAAAGCUAAUCACAAAUACUAAUACUUUUAGGAAGAAAUAUCUGAUAUGAUCCGUUACAUACAUAUAUUUAAAUAAUUUUAUAUAUAACUUAUAUAAAGAUUAUAUUUUACAAGUUUUACAAUAUUUUUAUUAAACAAAUUUAUUAUAUUAGUUAUUAUAAUUUUAAAUGGUAAAUAUUUUUUUUAAAUAAAUUUUAGUAUUUUAUAUUAUUCUAGAUUUUUAUUUAUUUUUUAUUUUAUUUUAUUUGUACGGAUCAGAUCUGAUAUCCGGUUAAAAAUCUAUAAUUUUUUGGAUAUCCGGGACACCAAAUAUAUGGAUAGCUACGGAUAGAAUCAAAUCAGAUAAUUGAUUAUUCAAACAAAAACGGAUCAGAUCACGAAUACCUCCCCCAAAUCCGGAUAUUCGAUAUGUGCAUGUAAACAUGAUUUUACAUGAGCCCUAAGAUCUUUAACAUCUAGACUAAUCACAUAAUAGAACUAUAAGAAGGAUUUGCGGAAUACCUCGAUUCAUCGUUGCAGAAAUCUUCUUGACUGAUUUUGAUCAUGGAAGAUGAUUUCUUGAUCUUUAAGUUGGAGUUAGAUCUUUUCUCCCCUUGCCUACAACCUUUCAUUAUGUGUUUCUCUUUAUAUUUUCUUCAUGAUGCUUUAGGAUGGAGCAUAGACAUCUAUUUAUAGGUGGGGAGAGGGAUCUAGUUUCCUCAUCAAGUUUUGUUAACUUUCUCACCAAGUCUUUCUUACUUCUUUGGCAAGUUUUAUCCUUUAAUCUCAACCAUCCAUCAAAGUUGAGUAAUGACAAGUGUUUAGACUUCUAGAAUCAUUCAUUCAUACAUUGAACUUGUUCUCCUUUGAUGCAUUAAACUUAAUUCAAAUACUUUCUUACAUUGAUGCAUGUUUUCAUGAGUCACCUAAGUGAAAAAAUUUCUAGAAAAAAUCACUUCUCCAUUUUAGUUAAUUUUCAUUAGAAACUAACUCCUUUAGUUACCAUUUUAUUGGUUACCAAAUAUGUAUAAGAUUAGAAAUCUCAAUAAGAAAUAGAUUAACAUAAGACCACAUUAUGGGAAAGAAAUAUUCAUUCAUAUACAUAAUAUUUCUUACAGUGACCGCCCCUUAUAUCAGAACUAUAGUAUUUUAUUGAUUUAUUUAGUCACUAAUUUAAAUAUAGUUAGAUUUUUAUUUUAAAAAUUAAUUUGUUGAUGUUGUAACGUCAGUAUUGUUAUUGAUUCAUGUAUUCUUUUGAUACUAGAUUUGAUUUAUUUAUAUAGAUUUGAAGUAAAUAAACUUUCGUGGUUCAAGAGAUAUGAUCAUUACAGAAACCAUACGAUACAUGCAUGCAGAAGUACAUAUGAUUCAAUCCGGCCACUACCUCCAUGCAAAGUUUCGAUAGUCUUUGCUUCCUCUUUUUUGUAUAAAUUUUUUUUUAUUCAAUAUUUUCUAUCAGUGACAAUAACAAAAACGUUGAUACGAUGCAUCACAUCAAAAAAACAAAAAUAAAAAGUUUUUUAAGAAACAAUCUAAUCCAUUAAAAUAUGAUAUGACAAAUACGAUACAAAAAAAAAAGGAAAUUUGCCAAUAUGGAACUAAAUCUCUAAAGUAUUGUCCCCUUCGAACUAAAUUCUCUAACCUUGUCCGUAUAGAAUUAAUUCUUGUCCCCUUAGAACUAAUACUUUAUGAAUCUACUGUUUUGUCCUUUUCUUUAUAAUAUAAUUAAUAAAAUUUUAAAAACUAUAUGAAUUAAAAAGGAAAUACUUAAUUAAAUAAAAAUAGGGCAAUUUUUUCCCAACUCUCGGUCCCGUUCUCUCCGACUCUCUUUCCCAAUCGAGAGACGAUUUCUUUCUCGCCGGCGACACCUUCCGCCUCUGAGAUUCUUGGUUCGUCGGAGAGCUUCAACGAGGAGUCACAUCGCUUCUCCCUCCUCCUUCUUGCGUAUUUCCUCUGUUAGUGCCACCGGUUAGAUUAUCGUUCUUAUCUCCGCCGCCGCCGCCGAUCGAAGCAGCUCAAGCUCGGGAGUAGCUUUUCCUCCCCGAUUAAGGACGAUUAGUUUCACAGUUGUUUUCUUUUGCUCUUCCUUCAUCUCGGUUCUGACAAUUUGAAGGUUAGGCUUUGAAAUCCCCUUUACGAUUUUGCUUUUUUUUUUGUUUGUUCUUUAUGUUUAUUUGCAUGUACUACAAAUUGUACUAGAUAGAGAGUUAGUUUAAAACACAAAUCGAAACAAGUUUAUGGUUUUCCGAGGCGGAAUGUGGUUGAGUGGGGUGUGAGAUUGGCUUGUUGUUGAGGUGAUUUUGAGUUCUAGUUUGUUUGGUAUCGGCUUUAUUAAGGUUUAGAAUUCAUAAUAGACUUGAAAAAGCUAAUGACUUUGACAUGCUUUAGACAUCAAUUUUACAUACUUGUUUUGGGAUCGAGUUUGUUAUUUGAAUUGAAUUUGUCGAUAGUGUGUAGUCUUUUGUUAUACAUUUGGUGCGUAACUUUGACUCUGUUUUAUUUUAGAGGUAAAAACAUUUGCUAGUUGAUUAUAUUUUGUUUCGAUUUGUGUUUCUAAGUAGUUUUGAAUUGUAAAAAACUAGUUAAAUGUGAGAUGGUUAUAUUUGGUUCGCUGUUAACUUAUGGAAUUCAUGUUUUUUAGGAAUGGCUCACCAGUUUCCUAAACGCAUUCUUCAAGAAGGUGCUGAGACGCAGAUGGAUAAGAUUAACAACACAUGUAGAAGGACGCUUCUGAAGGCGGUAAAGGUGGCUCUGAAAGAUGAGUAUGAGGAAGUUUUGAAAGACCCUGUCUUCGGGCCUCUUCUGGCGAUCAUAGAGAACAACCUCAUCUACUCAGGGAAGAUUAUUCACAGCUUCAUGUGCAAGCAGCUCAGGGUUUCCAAGCUUCACGAGCUGUGGUUUAUUUUUGCGAAGAGGCCUCUUAGGUUUUCUAUGCAAGAAUUUUAUGCUGUGACUGGAUUGAAGUACAAAGAGGAACCCGACGUAGACUUCAUUAACUGGAAGAAUGAUAAGGGGUUCUGGGCUAAUGCGCUGAAGACCAAUGCGAAGAUCAACUUAUAUACUAUAAGGGAUGAGCUCCUUAAGGUGUGUAACGAGUGGUCGUAUGUGGACAGAGUGAGGUUAGUGUAUCUGUCCAUUAUACAAUCAUUCCUCAUGGCUAAGGAUUGGAAAGUGUAUAUCCCUCAAGAAUACAUCCGCUUGGUGAUGGAUUUUGAGAAAUUGAGGAUGUAUCCUUGGGGUCUUCGCGCUUAUGAUGAGCUGAUUGCAUCAAUACUCAGAGCAAGAGAAGAUGUGCAUACGAAGAACAGCUACGUGUUGGAUGGAUUCUCAUAUGCGUUUCAGAUAUGGAUUAUGGAGGCAAUUCCAGACAUUGGUUCUAUGGUGGAUAAAAAAAAAAAAAAAACGUGAAGAAAAUGAGAUGUAGGAAUUGGAAAGGUAGUGGUAAAGUAUCCUACCAAGAUAUCACCAGCCUAGAGUCCCACUUUGAUAAGCUCGAUAAGCUUUAGAAGCCUUUGCAACCAAACCAGCCACACCUUUCCCACUAAAAUAUGUUACGACAUUAUUCAGCAAGUGGUGAAUGCAAAUUCCGUGAUGAGCUUGCGGGUACACGUUAGCAAUAGCUUUAGCAAUCGAGGAAUUCCUAUCAGACACAAAAGCUAAACUAUGCUCGUCAGCAAUGACCGCAUUAAGUUGUCUCAUAAACCAGUUCCACGCAAGGUCAUUCUC